UGAGAAAUUUCCUUACUUUAGUAAGCAGUACAAGCUAUCUCACUCAACAGUAAAGUAACAGUCAGUUAUUUGUCUGGUCGAUGAUAGUGAUGGUCCGAUGUUUCCUGUUAACUGAGGCACAAGUACAUAUUUUUGGCGGCUGUUACGAAUCCGCAGGAAGGUAUGACAACUGGUGGGGCAUUGAUGCGUCUAUCAGAAUAUGGAAAGUCGUAUACAUGUAUAGAUAAUUUAAGAGAUGAAUAUUAUGACCGCUUACAGUUCCGGAUUCGGAAACGCAAUUCAGAAUAUUCACACCACCCGUUUUUGUGGGACGAUUUGGAAUGUAUCAAUUCUUCACCUUCAGACCUUAGUCUACAUACAGACGUCAGACCCACCAAAAAUGAUGUUUCAACCAAGACAACAUUUACUCCAGAGGAUGGCCACUCAGAUAACGUAACAGAAGAUUCUGUGAUAGUUAAAGACCCGCAUGUUUUCAAUUAUGAAAAGAAAGAUAGUGACAAUGUCUCGACCCCCUCCAAAAUAGAUAUUGGUACCCAGACUGAAAAAGCUUGUCUUCUGGAGGCUAUAAACCAACCCAAAGCUUUCGUGCCUUACGCUAUCGGAGGUUCUCCUGGUCCUUCGUGUGGGGCAAGAAGAACUUUUAAUGUCAAGUCAGACCGAGAUGUCUAUCCUUCUGCUGUACGUGCUGAUGCUCGACGUAAAGAAAAGCUGGUUAGUUAUACGCAUACGAAUACCUCUAACAACAAAGUAUCAUCUAAAUUAUAUGGACCGAAACAAUGUAUUGGAAAACGUGAAGCAAUGAAACUUGCUAAGACUGAAAAAUCCGUCCAUAUCCCCCACAACUCAACAAAAGUUAACGUACCACAACUGUCUGGGUUGGGUGCUUCAAAUUCUUACUCGAAUAAUCAUGCUAACUGGAGACCUACAGACUCAUGGGUUUCUGAAUAUGUCCAGAAAUACCCGUCAUAUCCAUCUUCUGUGUAUGUUCGAAGCGCGUCUGUCGCUGCAGGUCGUUGUCGUCCACUUUGCUUCCCGUACAAUCGACCGUUCUCUUCCUUUCUGGAGAGUUUGGUCCCAUCUACACCAGUACUGUUAAGCUGUCGUGGAUCAAACUCUACUGUGAGGAGUCGUCGUGAAACUCACUGUGAUGUGUGUUCUGGAGCCAAUCUUAAUGAAAGAUGCACUCGUCCACUACUUAGCGCUCGCUAAAGGCAUAUUUCAAGGAACAUUUUAUUGUCAGUUAUUUUUAGCUGACUGAAGCAACGUUAAUCCGGUUAUUGUUUUUGUCAACAUAAUACUGCAUUCCUUCCAUUCCAUCGAAUUUAACUUCACAAGCACUAAUACAUAUCAUCUUGCGUGCGAAUUCAUCUUAGUUUUUUAAAAUCGUUAUUAUCCUAGAAUAAUUUGUUAUGCCAUGAAUAACGCUAUAACAAAUACAUAUAUUCUUUACGCUC